GGCAGAGUGCAAGUGUCGAGAUCGUACGCAGCCGCCUGUCUACCUCCGAGCUCAUCGACGUGCUAAACGUAGACAAUGAGUGGAGCUGGCCGCAAGAGUGGGUACCGCAAGGGCGUGACCCAGGACGUCCUUUACGGCGAGCCCGAGCCGGUGGCCGGCGAGUUAAUCGUGCAGGUCAAGUCGCUUCGUGGUGGCAACCUCUUCGAGGUCGAGACACCGACGGGCGACAAAGGCCUCGCGAUGUUGCCGACCAAGUACCGCAAGCUCAUCUGGAUCCGCCGAGGCGACUUUCUCAUUGUCUCGGGCGCGGACGACGCCAAGAAGGGCGCCGUCAACUUUUCGGUCGAGCACAUUUUGUACAAGGACCAGAUCAAGAACCUCAAGGCCAAGGACCUCUGGCCCGAUGUCUUUGUCGAAGACGAGACCAAGCGCGAGUACGACGAGUCGCUGAGCGCGCUCGCCGACAAGGUCGCCGACGUCUCGCAGGGCAACGGCAAGGUCGACAAGUUUGGCAACACGAUCGAAGGCGCAAUGGGCGACGAGAGCGACGAGGACGACGACGACUCGGAGAGCGACGACGACCACCCGGACGACCUCAUGUUUGUGAACCGCAACCGCAUGGGCGGGCACUACGCGCACGUCGAAGACAGUGACGAGAGCAGCAGCGACGAGGAGUAGAGCGCUUUGCCUCGUUUGUUAAUAUAUCUACGCUACGUCCUUUCGACUACUUGCCA